AUGUUCAACGGCUUCAACCAAGGUCCGAUGCCACCAAGUGAGGCCGAGCUAGCCACGCAAGCACUCAACGAAGAAGCCCUCUACCGCUUCCCCUCCUUUGACUCCGAUGCCGCCGUCAUGCUCGGACUCUCCCUUCGCAAACGCUUCCGCGCCUCUUCACGUCACGUCAAGGUCCGCGGGAUGGUCCUUUCCAUCCAGACCAUUGCCGGCCACACCCUUUUCUCCUGCACCGUCGGAAACUUGGGUGGAGGGGUCGACGGCGGCGACGUGAGCCUAGACAGCUGGAGAACACUAGAGAGCAUGAUUUCAGUCACACGGCGGACAGGACAUUCAAGUUGGUAUGUCGAAAAAGGCAUGAACGCAAUGGGAAAGACCCAACGACAGCUCGGUAUCCAAACCGAGUACAGGAUUGGUGGCGGAGCGUUUCCAAUAUGGUUGGAGAACGCACCAUGCUGCCCCAUCGCUAUCGUGGCCUGCUAUUCCGGGUCUAGUCAAGAUGACCACCAUCUGGUUGUCACUGCCGUUCGCGACUAUCUCAAAAAGCUUGACCGCCCAAACAUCGUCAGCGUAGGACCUCCCCAAGCCCAAAUGACGACCGGCAUGAGCACCAAUUUGGGUACGAGCACGGGCAUGUCGAGCUUGACUCCGAGCCUGCCGACGAUCCUCUCCAUGUCCCACCAGCACACGGGCCAUACCCACGCGCCCCGCCCCCCAAGCACGGAAUGGGUCCGUGACCCUGCGUCCCGCGGCAUGCAUGACCAUUACGAUGACCACACCCAGGGGGAAGAGAGCGAGUAUUGA